UGAGCCCCUGCCUCACACCAUCAACUACAGCACCGACUGUUGGACUACUAUCGGAUACUCUCCGUUUCUUCAACCUACGCCAAAUUCUGUCAAUCAACGUGCACUUUCACAUCCAUCGCUGUGUCCACGCUUUGUUCUGGCCAACGCUGUACUGUGUAUUCUAUACUUCCUGCCUUGUCCUGCGUGUGUUUUCCCGCUGUUUAAUUGGCUUCGCUGAAUGCCUACUUGUUCAACGAUAACGACCAUUUCCGCGGUGUGCAUCCUCUUCAUUCAAUGGCUUUAGAAGAUGAUGUUUCCAACAAGCGAGCGAAGUUAGAACGCUGUCCUGGGCCUGAUGGCAGGGAUGUCGCUCUCUUCAACCUCGCAGUGGCUCUCUACAAGAGAUUCGUGAAAGGGGGGGAAAUCGACGACUUGGACGAGGCGAUUGCUUUGCUCCAUGAUGUCUUAGAAUUGCGUCCUCCUGGACAUGCUGAUCGGGCUUCAUCACUUCACUGGCUUGCUCUCUGUCUUGUGAUUAGGUAUGAUAAUCGGGAGGUAGUCAGCGACCUGGAAGAAGCUGUCAUGCUUGGUCGUGAAGCACUAGAACUUCAUCCACCAGGGCAUCAAAAUCGUGGGCUGUCUCUGUACAAUCUUGCUUGUGGCCUUGGGAGGAGGUUCCUCAAACAUGAGCAGUCGCGUGAUCUGGAGGAGGCGAUUGAGCUGCACCGCGCAUCACUGGAGCUACGUCCCUCUGGUCAUCCCGAUCGGUCUUCAUCACUCUAUUCUCUUGCACUCUGUCUUUCGAAUAGGUAUGACAAUGGGGGGGAGGUCGCCGACUUGGAAGAAGCUGUCAGGUUGGGACGUGCAGCACUAAAGCUCCGUCCGCCAGGGCAUCCUAUGCGCGGUGCAUCUCUUUAUAAUCUUGCUGACUUCCUUUGGAAGAGAUUCCAGCAGCAUGCCCUGAUGCAUGACCUAGACGAGGCGAUCGAACUGCACCGUGCAGCAUUGGAACUACGUGCCUCUGGACAUCCUGAACGGUUUUCGUCGCUCCACUCGCUCGCUCUAUGUCUUUCGAGUAGGUAUGACAAUCGGGGGGUAGUCGCUGACUUGGAAGGAGCUGUCGUGCUCGGACGUGUAGCACUAGAGCUCCGUCCACCAGGCCAUCCAGAUCGUGAUGUGUCGCUUUACAACCUCGCUCAGGAUCUUAGAGGGAGGUCCCAGGAACACUCAGCAAAGCACGAUCUGGAAGAGGCAAUUGAACUGCACCGUGCAGCGCUGGAACUACGUCCCUCUGGUCACCCUGAACGGUCUUCAUCGCUUCAUUCGCUUGCUCUCUGUCUUUCGGAUAGGUAUGACGAUCAGGGGGUAUUCACCGACUUGAAGGAAGCUGUCACACUCGGUCGUGCAGCACUGGAGCUUAAUCCGCCAGGGUAUCCAGAUCGCGGCGUGUGUCUCUUCAAUCUCGCUUGCAACCUCAGAAGGAUGUUCCAGACACACUCCGUAAUGCGCGACCUGGAGGAGGCGAUUGAACUGCACCGUGCAGCGUUGGAACUAUGCCCCUCUGAAGAUCCUGAUCGGUCCUCGUCGCUCCAUGAACUUGCUUUCUGUCUUUCGGACAA